UUUCACACAUACUCUUCACAUACCGAUACCCAUCUACUCUGCAUUAACUGAACUGCUAUUACCAUCCACUUCUUGGCACUCGGUCCAACGACGACCAACAGUCUGGGAUCGUCAACCUAAUCUCGAAGCUGCGCCAAUCGGCCGGAGCUCCACAGUCCUGUUGAGUUCGACCGGCACCUUGACUCAAGGGUAGUACUACGUCAGAGCAUCCUUCACCAUGACCGCUCUCAACCCAAACACUGCUGUUCCUCCUCCGUCCCAAGCACAUCUCGACAAAGGAUACGGCCCUACCACCGCAUCUCGAUCAAAUCUAGUUUCGAACAGUGUUGCAACAGACUUCGGAGCAACUCCUGGCAACCCACAGGAAUUCUCACCUCUGUCGCAGUCAGCUGCUCAGCAAAACUUUGGUAAAUUUAAUGAGGAAUGGGAUGCGAGCCAACGUGGAAGCUCGAUAAUCGACGGCAAUAAUAUGCAGCGAUCUAAUUCGGUCAUGUCGCAAGGCGAUACCCUGAUUCCUUCGCGGGGAGGAACUCUAAAGAAGAAGGCAUCCAUGCGAAGGACAGGUUCCUUGAAGAGAAGCUCCAGUCGUCGAAGCUCGAGAGCUGGCAGCGUACGCAGUCUAGCCCUGCAGCCAGGACAAGAUGUCGACGAGAUGCACAGUGCCUUCUUCUCACCAGUACCUACAACAGGUAAUCCGACAGAAAUUCUAGCAAACAGAUUUCAAGCUUGGCGCAAAAUCCUCAAAGACCUCAUUACAUACUUUCGAGAAAUACAGGCAAGCUACGAGCACAGAGGGAAGAGUCUACUCAAAGUUGCAAAUAUCAUCAAUAAUACCAGCGCACCAGCCGGUUUUCUUGAGUCCGGUGGCAUCGAUGAUGCAGCCCAAGUACUUCGUACUUUCCAUAAGUCCUCAAUCGCAGAGGCAAACAAAUCUCGUGAGAUUGAGAACGAUGUCAUUGCAGCUCUUGGUGGGCUUCGACAAGAUCUUCAGCAGAAGAUUAAAGAAAUCAAGAAUCUCUCUGGUGAUUUCAAGAACUCCGUGGACAAGGAGAUGGAAGCUACACGCCGUGCUGUGAAUGAUUUGCAAGACGGACUGGGGCAAUCUGAUAUCGAUCCUGCCCAGAACACUGGCAGAAAAGACCCCUACCUACUUAAGCUUGCGGUAGACCGCCAGGUCGAGAAGCAGAUUGAUGAGGAGAAUUACCUUCAUCAGGCUUACCUCAAUCUUGAAGCAUCUGGACGAGAACUCGAGGCCAUUGUCGUUGGAGAAAUCCAGAAAUCGUACAAUGCAUUCGCUGGCAUUUUGAAGCGCGAGGCGGAUGCGGCCUACAACACCGUCGAGGAAUUACGCACAGGUCCAAUCGCCAUGCCAAAGGAUCAUGAAUGGUUUAACUUCAUCAAGAAUGACGAGCAUUUUGUCGAUCCGGAGCUUCCAGUCAGGGAGGCAGACUUCAUUCACUAUCCUGGCAAGAACAACGAGUUGGCCCAGGAAGUCCGAGCAGGCCUUCUGGAGAGGAAGUCGAAGUACCUCAAAAGCUAUACAGCAGGAUGGUAUGUACUGUCGCCUACUCACCUGCACGAAUUCAAGUCUGCAGACAAGAAUCAAGCUCCUAUUAUGUCACUGUACCUUCCCGAGCAAAAGUUGGGCUCUCACUCUACUGGAGGUGCUUCUUCGAACAAGUUCAUGCUCAAGGGACGCCAAACUGGGACUAUGCACCGUGGGCAUUCAUGGGUCUUCAGAGCUGAAAGUUAUGAGACCAUGUUGGCAUGGUACGAGGACAUCAAGACUCUAACAGAAACCUCUCCUCAAGAACGCACCGCGUUCGUUCGCCAGCAUGCCCGUAGUGUGAGUGGAAAUUCGCAGAGAGCCGGGUCUAUCAGUAGCGACGGUAUCGUAGACGAAGAAGACGAUGAGCCAUUUUCCGGUGCGAACUCAGGCAUUGUGAAUCCGGGACCGAAGCAAGACGUGUUGCCGAGACGUCCCCAACCAGGUGGGCGAUUCCCCUCCGACAUCGCUGUCGAUUCGUUGUCUACCCGUGGCUUACAGGCUCCUCUUUCGCCAUCUAGUGGAAGCUCCGGUUUCGGCGAUGUCCAAGAUCGAAAUGUAGCGGCUGCAAGUGCUCUCCCAGGCUCCGGUGUUGGCAAUAACUAUGCAGAUCCAUCAUCUCCUACUCAUGCUGCUCUAGUCAACCAGCAAGCAGAAAAGGAUGGGAUCAACCCCUACACUAGCCAACCUAUUCAUCACCAUGAUCAUACCACAAACGGAGAGGCAGCUGGAGGCCUGGCAGCAGCCGGGUUAGGAGGGGCUGCUUUGGGAGCAGCUGGUACUGCGGCUUAUCACCAUUAUGAAGAAGACCAAGAUGCAAACUAUCGCCAACAGCAGGAAGAGCAGGCAGCACGCGAGGCUGCUACAGUGGCUGCACCUGAUACCAUGAAACAUCAAUAUGCUGAGCAGGCUGCUCGGGAAGCUGCCACCAUGUCAUCACCUGAUGCGGCUCAAGAUCAAUACGCACAACAAGCUGCCGCCGAAGCGGCCAUCAUUGCUUCUCCCGAUGUCCUACCCACGAACCACUUGGAUGCUCAUGUCAUGUCUGGUGGCCGUAGUCAGGGAGAUCUCGUCGAGAAUGGAACCAAUCCAAUCGAGACUGCUCUUCAACCAUUGACUCAGGACUCGAGGCCUUUCUUGCCUGCUGGGCAGAGCCAUACCAGUGUUAAGACUAUCAGCCAAUUGCACGUGCCAGGGGAGUAUCCGAAAGAUGUCGUACGAAGAGAUACCUUGGGGCCUAGUAUGCCAGUCUAAAUUUGCAGCGAGCUUCAUUCAUGUAUGUAUAUGUAAAAGUAUCAAGGGGGAUCUUCUUCAAGUUUGGUGGCUUGGAAGGGGGAAGCUUGGGAAGGAACGAGGGUGGAUUUGAGUGAAAGGGUUGGGGUCUUCCGCACAUAGAAAUGAUGAAUUACAUUUCUUAAGUCAAAGACGUGUUACUGUAGUUCCUUGC